GAGCCACUGGGACCUUGGGUCUGUAUCAUGGAGGCAACUGGGAGCUGAUCAAGACUGCACUGCUCCAGGCAGGAGGAGGGUACAGUUCAGCUGGGAUGUGAACUUCCUGUUAUUUAUAACCUGUGAAGGAAGAAGAAAAUAUCAAUCUACUUACUCAGAGGAGAAACAGGCAAUGGAUCCCAAAGGCCAGAAUGUGAAGCUUAAUGAUGGCCACUUCAUUCCUGUCCUGGGAUUUGGAACCUAUGCACCUCCAGAGGUUGCUAAGAAGGAAGCUCUGGAAUUCACACCAUUUGCUAUUGAGGUUGGGUUCCGCCAUAUUGACUGUGCUCACGCUUACCAAAAUGAAGAGCAGAUAGGCCAGGCCAUUCAAAGCAAGAUUGCAGAUGGCACUGUGAAGAGAGAAGACAUAUUCUGCACUUCAAAGCUUUGGUGCACAUCCUUUCGACCAGAGUUGGUCCGACCAGCUUUGGAAAAGUCACUGAAAAGUCUUCAACUGGACUAUGUCGAUCUCUAUAUUAUGCAUUAUCCACUGGCUCUGAAGCCAGGGGAGGACAUUUUGCCAACAGAUGAAAAUGGGAAACUGGUAUUUGACUCAGUGGAUUUCUGUCACACAUGGGAGGCCCUGGAGAAGUGUAAGGAUGUAGGACUGACCAAGUCUAUUGGGGUGUCCAACUUCAACCACAAGCAGCUGGAGAAGAUUCUGAACAAGCCGGGGCUCAAGUACAAGCCUGUCUGCAACCAGGUGGAAUGUCACCCUUAUCUCAAUCAGAGGAAACUGUUGGAUUUCUGCAAGUCACAUGAUAUUGUUCUUGUUGCCUAUAGUGCUCUGGGAUCCCAAAGAGUAAAAGGAUGGGUGAAUCUGAACCACCCCAUUCUCUUGGAGGACCCGGUUCUCUCUGCCAUUGCCCAAAAGCAUAAGAAAACCCCAGCUCUGGUUGCCCUUCGCUACCAGAUACAACGUGGGGUUGUGGUUCUGGCCAAGGGUAACAAUAAGAAGUGGAUCAAAGAGAAUAUACAGGUGUUUGACUUCGAGCUGACUCCAGAAGACAUGAAAACAAUUGAUGGCCUCAAUAGAAAUAUAAGAUAUAAUGAGAUACUUGGUGUCGGUCACCCUGAGUUUCCAUUCUCUGAAGAAUAUUGACUCUCAGCUCUCACUGUGGUUCUUUGAGAAUGUCUUGCUGCUUUGGAUGGUGAAGAAGAUUUUCAUACUUGGUGGAGGUGCUUAAAUGAAGUUUCUGAAAUUUUGAAAGCUUGUUUUUCAUUUAAAACAUUUAACACAUUAUGAAACAAUAAAGACUUCAGAGUAAGAAUAGUUCUUUUUCUGAUAAUUAAAAUAAUACAUACAAUUUAAAGAAAGUUAGGAAAUAGAAGGCAAAGGAUUGAAAAUAAAAAUAAGCUGUGAUUAACCCUUUUAAUAAUA